GCCUCCGCGCACGCGCUGUGCUGCGGCCGGCCCCGGGGGCUGCGCUGUCCGAACGUGCGCGGCUGGCGCCGGUGUCGCCGCCGUCGUGUGAGAGCGCCCGGUGCUCGCCACGGCCAUGUCGGGCCGCCCGCCGCGGCAGGAGGAUGAGGAGAGCGCGACGUUGGGCCACAAGGAGGAGCUGAGCCGGCGGAUUAAAGAGCAGAAGGUUGUAGUCGAUGAGCUUUCCAAUUUGAAGAAGAACCGGAAAGUUUAUAAGCAGCAACCCAAUAGCAACAUAUUCUUCCUUGCAGACCGGACAGAAAUGCUGUCUCAGUGCAAAAAUACAUUAGAUGAAUUAAAGAAGGCACAUCAGGAGCUGGAAAAUUCAGAAAAGGCUAAAAUGAAGAAGUAGUUCCUGUGAAUUCGCGUUGCAAUGUGUGGUAUUUGCUGUGUUGUUACCUUGUGCAGCCAGCGUGCGAUUCAUGAUUUCCUCAGUGAAGACACCCUCUGCCAUCUGAGAAGAAGAGGACCAGACAGUAGCCAACAGUUGAUAAAAACUGUGCCUGAUCUCUCUUAUGAAUGUCUCUUUUCAGGCCAUGUACUUCACUUGAGGGGACUAGUGACUCCUCAGCCUCUGGAAGAUGUCAAUAACAAUAUUUUUCUUUGGAAUGGAGAAAUUUUCAGUGGAGUGCAUGUAGGAAAUCUAGAGAAUGAUACCGAAGUAAUGUUUCAUCAUCUGGCUUUAUGCAGCAGUGAAAUGGACAUUUUGUCACUCUUCUCAUUGCUUCAGGGUCCCUGGUCUUUUAUUUAUUAUGAAGCAGCCAGACACAGUUUAUGGUUUGGCAGAGAUUACUUUGGUCGUCGUAGUUUGCUUUGGCAGUUCAGUAAUGAGGCUGACAGCGCUUUCUGUCUCACAUCUGUAAGUGGUUGUUCUGAAUCAGGCAACCAAUGGCAAGAAGUCCCAGCAUCUGGAAUUUUCAAAAUUGAUCUCAAAGCUUGUGCAACAACUAAAUCUUUGUCUUUAACAUUGUUUCCAUGGAAGUACAGCUGCAUAGAGGAAGCAGUAGAAGAAACAUUCAUGAAUGUUCUUGACCAAGUGUCAAAAGAUUUACCAAACCAUGUACAUCUCAUGGUGAAUGAAUCAAAGCUGUGUCUUAGAGCACCAGUUAUCCCCUUAAAUAAAACAGUUUCUAAAGCUUCA